CAACACCUCACUUAAGUGACUAACAGAGCGAGGGUAAUUUCUCGUUGAAGGAAUAAACAUCUCCGUUGAUUAAGGAGGCGCAUCCCAUAAUUACAUCGGAGCUUUUUCAUCGUGAUGUCUGAGGACGCCGACAGCGACAUAGACGCCAAGAAGUUAGAAUUUUUCUGGGGCCCAGUUCCCGAAUACUUCUGGGUGCUUAGUGCAAUUAAUGGACUGAUCACCUUAAUAUGUAAUGGAGUAGUCAUCUUUAUCAUACUAAAACGAGGAAGGCUCAACCGAAAUCCUUGCAACUGGUUACUUCUAUCGUUGGCUUUUUCAGACCUUGCGGUGGGAAUAAUUAUGAUUCCUUCCCUGUUUCUUUGUUACUUUUCGACCGUACCGUGCGACUGGAAAGUGAACAAAAUUGUGUACGACCUUUUCCUUUACAUUUCCGUCACAAAUCUUUGUUUUCUCACCAUGGAUAGAUAUAUUGCAGUAGUGUUUCCUCUGAAAUACACCCUACUUAUUCCUCGAAAGUCUAUCAUCAAAUUAAUAGUAACAGCUUGGCUGUUUCCUCUGGUUGUUUGCGGUGUUUCUUUUGUCAUAAAUAUGCUCUCCAUAGCCGAGUCAUCAAAGCAACUCGUAGAACAUGUAUUUGUGGUCAUAAAAGUUGCCACAUUUGAAUUGCUGCCCUGUGCUUUAAUGCUACUUGCCUACAUACACAUCUUUCAAAUAAGGCGAAGACACGCCAGACUCAUAAACUCCCUUCAUAGAAGCUUAAGGACAAGGAGUGAUAGCAUUGGCAGAGAAACAAAAUGGCGUGCAAAAGCGACCAUAAAAGUGUUCUGUGUAGUCGUUCCUCUUUUUGUUAUUUGUUGGACCAUGGCAUCAUGGAGAGAGAUUUGUUCGGCGUUCAACCGCUGCUCAAUACCUCCGACCGCCGUUCACAUUUCGCGACUUCUGUUAAAGGGGCACUCCAUGAUAGAUCCUAUCGUCUACGCACUACAUAAAAAAGACAUUCGCAAGGAGCUAUUUAAGACCGCUGGCAUGUCUCAUCGGCUUGCACUUGACAUUCGGCCGCGAAGCUUUAGGAUUGGCAGUGAGCAUUCUUAAACGGUUUCAAGCGAAAGGGAAAGGCCUCGACUGGAAAAUUAUUUUGAAAACUUUGACACCUA